AUGAGUUGGUAUGGCGGCGUUCGGCACGCUGGAUUUCUCGCCCUUUGCGUGCAGUUCGCCUGCCAUGUCCCCUCGCGUGGAGCCUUCGACAGCAAGGGCCUCAUGCGCCGGCAGAAGGUUCUCAUGGCCCUAGAUGCCCACGGAGAUAUCCACGGAGAUAUCCACGAGGCAAGACGCCUCCGGUGGUGGCUAAGUGAAGACUCAGAGCUUCCAGCUGAAACCCGGGAGUACCACAUCGCUUUCGAGAUUGAUGGCCGGCUGAUGUGCUGGCAACGGGAGCAUCCCGGCUGCGAGAGAUCGUCGGGCAGCUGCGAGAUAAAGUACUGCGACGCCCGGGAGUGCGAUUGCAUGGUGGUGAAAGUGAAGAAGUGCGGUGGGCACCUCAACAUCUUCACCGAAGCUUUCUGGGACCAGGACCCAAAAGCCAAGGGUCCGAACCAGCGGCACUUCUGGCGGGGUAUUCGCGUGCAGUACUACGACCCUUCCCACUGGGGGCAGAUUGCCCUGGAUGGUGGAAAGGCACUCGAGUCCACCCUCAGCUGUAUGGAGCCCAAAGGAUGCAGCUGCUCCGAGAGCCAGUGGUUUUCGUGGUCUUACGAGCAGCUGGGUGGAAACAUCUACUGGGAGCCAGGAGGCAACGAGUCCAUCGGUCCCUCUGGAACAGCGGCGCACCGCCCACACCCGUCCUUGGGCGUGCGAGCCUACAACGACGGGGUGAAGGACGGCAACAUGUACUUUGUGCAGAAGGAGGUGGAGCUCCGGCCAACAACCACCACGACCUCCACAACCACGACCAUCACCACGGUGACGACGACUUCCACCGUGAGUGUGCGUGCCAGUGGGGCGAAGGUCUCCAAGGCCGCUGGGAACAAGACAUCCGGCCGGGCAAAUGCCACAAGUCGCGAUGCAUCUCAACAGGCAGAGGCCAAGGAGGUCCGCACGGAGGCAGCAAAGCGGGAGGCGAAGGAAGAAGAGGACGAGGCAGAGGAGGAUGAAGACGAAGAGGAGCAGGAAGAUGACGCGGAGGGAGGCGACGAAGAUGAGGAGGAGGAGGAAGAAGAAGGUGAGGUGGAUUCCGAUGAGGCUCCAGCCGAGGCUCCGGAGCCGAAGAAGCUGGCCAAGAAAGGGGGAAGGAAAGUCAAGCAGCGCGGUCGGCCUCUCAAGGAGGAUGACGAAGACAAGGCCGAGGAUGGAGAGGAGGAUGCAGACACCGGGUCCCAAGACGCCCAGACCCGAUCGGCCCCGCGCAAGGGGCGCCCAGGGCGCGCCAGGAGGAGACGAGCUCCCAAAGCCUCGGGUAGCACAACUGGUCCACCGAGUCGCAGCACUUCUUCUGGAAGCGCUUCAACACGGAGCGAGGACAGAAGCUCUGCAAAAUCAGGGCGCCCUGCGAAGAAAGCUGCAACGUCCACGCGGGCGGCCACGACCACGACUACCGCCUGGGAGGAGGAGAGGGAGGACGACGACAUGCCGGCCGAUGAGGCAGAGGACACCACCUCAGCGGCCUCCACCUCCACCACCACAGCGACGUCACGGAAGGAGGCGAAGGUCACCCCAAAGCCCGCCUUCGAGACCGGAGCAAGGAAGAUAACGACAACAACCACCACGGCUACACUGGGCUUUGAAAAAGCCGCCAAGGCAGUUUUCUGGACGUCUACCGUGACCACCACCACGACCACAACGACUUCGACCACGACCACGACAACCACUCUGACGAGCACAUCUUCCGUCACGGCCACCAACACAUCUACCUCAACUUCGACCCCUGUGCCCACGACGAACACAACCACCACAGUAACCACCAGCACAUUCACGACUACGACCGAGACCACGACCACUUCCACAACCACCUCCGUGACCAACACCACCACGACGGAGACCACCACCACCAGCACGACCACCACCGUGACCUCGCGGAAGAAGAGCAGCCAGCCACACAAGAGGCACAGGACCACCACAAAGAAGCCGCACAGCCACAGGCACCACAAGAAGGCUAGGCACAAGCGCACAACCAAGACAACCACGAAGAUGAAGACCACGACGACCACCACGGCCUCCACGACGACCACGGAGGCAACCACCACCACCACCACCAAGACGACGACCACCACGACGAAAGAAACCACCACGACGAUCAGCACGACGACCACCACCACAACCAGCAUCACCACGACUACGCAGAAUGCGACGGAGAUGAAAACUGCCAAGGAAGCUGGCAACUCCGCCUUCAAAGCAGCCAAGGAGGCUGGCAUGUCCGAUUCCAAGGCAGCCGAGGCUGCCGCCCGUGUGGCUGGCUUGGCGGCGCAGAAAGCUGCUGUGGCCUCCGGGAAGACGAUUUCGGAGAUUGCCAGUGCCGCCGGCGAUGCUGCCUACAAAGCCGGCAAGGCCGCCGGCAUGAAGCUGAACUACACGGCCGCGGAGGCCGCAGCGGCGGCUGCAGGCUCAGCAGCGGCGGAUGAGACCGCCUCCGCUGGAGAGAGCAAGAAGCGGAUCGUCAGGGCGGCAGCCAGGGCAGCUCGCAAGAGCGGCAAGGACCACGGCAUGACGAACGCACAGGCGGCACAGGCAGCUUCGACUGCCGCGGGACUGGCAGCCGCCACCCAAGAAGCCGUGAAGAACUCGGGAUCCACAGCGUCCACCACAGCCUCCAGCAGCACGACCAAGGCAGCUGCGGCGGCAACCACGACCGUCACGACCACCACCAGCACCACCACGGCAGCUCAGAAGAAGCCCAAGAAGGCGAAGAAGACGACGACCACCGCGGCCAAGACCACCACCACCACGGCGCCAGACACCACAUCGUCAGUGGAGGAGGAGCUCGAAGACGAGGAGACUUCGACCAGCAUGGAAGCUUCGACGAGUGGGGACGAGACGGAUCCCGACCGCCUCGAUGAGGCCACCUCCACCUCCGGUGGAACGGACGAAGUGACGGAGGAGGACGACGACGAAGAAGGAGACACCACCACGACCGAAGGUAACGACGUCGCGGCCAAUCGCGAGUGA